GACCUGACCAGUUUAUGCAGCGGUUUACUCAGCUCAAGACUCAGUACGCCUCCAGGCUGGAGGCCCUGGCCGACGUGGUGGAGCGGACGUGCGUGGCGGUGGCUUCCGAUGGCGUUGCUGAUGCUAUGCGUGGAGACGCAGAGUCUGCUCGCCACAUUGCUGAUUAUGUCGUCCAGUCGGUUCGCUCGGCUCUGGUCUCGGAGAAGGAGAUGUACAUCCAGAGUUUGAUGCAUGAGCUGGCGGAGCUCCGCGCAGAGCACACCGCCUCGGCCGCAGACUUGCACGAGAAGGCAGCCGCGGCGGCGGCGGCAACGGCCCAGCUCGAGGCACUGAGUGCAGAGCACGGGCAGAUGCAUGAGACUCUCCGACAUGUACUGAGCGCGCUCAAGGCGACUGGCGCGCGUGCGCUCGGCGCAUCGGCCUCGUUUGCAUCGGGCCUUGACCUCGGGCUCAAUCCGACGCAGGUCCAGGCUCUUGAGCUGCAGUCACUGGUUUCGGCCACGCUGGCGUCGGUUGGUUCGCCGUUAGAAGACGCCGCUGGCAGGUCUAGCAAGCCGAUGCCAGCCGAAUCGCCAGUUUCCGUGGCACAGACCGCAGCCAUGGGCGCCCGCAUCGCAGCACUCGAGGCCGAACUCAACGAGACCCGUGGAGCGCACGCUGCACUGCAGACAAAGUACACUGCACUCGGGGACAAAAUUGCCCAGCUGAUCCGGUUGGAGGAGGAGGAAGAAGAGUCGAACUCGGCGCUCCGUGCACAGAACGCGCGGUUGCAGGCGCGGCUCGACGAGGCGCGGCUCGACGGCGCGCAGUCGUCGCGGAUGCUCACCGAUCGCAUCGCGCUCCUAGACCGCCGAAUCGCUGACCUCGAGUCGACCAACUCGCAUUUGCAGGUCCAGCUCGACGCAGCCGUUGCCGAGUCGCACACCCUUCUUUUGGAGCAGCUCAACUCUGUCAAGUCAUCGCUCUCUGCCACUGCACCAGAAACUCAGCAGUUGAGCGCGGCCCAGCGCGAGCAGCAAGCACAGCUUGUUGCGCUCUCGCAAACGCUCUCGGCGCUCUCGACGACCCAGUUCAUCUCCCGCGCUGACCACCAGGCUCGCCUCGAGUCCAAGCUUUCGUCGCUUGAGGCCAAGUGCAUUGAGGAGACGACUGCGCUGGUGACCCAGGUCCAAGACGAUGCUCGAUGCGCCCUCGAGGCUGCCACCGCCGCAGCCGAUGCCCGCAUCUCCGAGCUCACGGCUGCAGUCGACGCUGCGCACGCCGCAGCCGAGGCCGCCAACGCGAGUCGUGCCGACGCCGCUGAGCAACUGGACGCCAGGAACCGCGAGCUGCGCGAAGCCCGCGACAGCGUGGCCGAGCUCAAGAGCGCGCACGCCAAGCUGGCAGACGACUAUGACUCGCUUGCCAACCUCUACGGCGCGCUCGACAAGCAGCACAAGGAAGUACGAUCAAAGCUCGAUGCCACACUGCAGGGACUGGACGAGCUCCGCGACGAGAACCAGCACCUGAGCGCACACGCUGCUGCGCUCGAGGACUCGCUGUUCCAAACCCAGGCCGCCGCUAACUCGUCCAGCGCCCGGACGUCGACCGUUCUGGCUGACUGUGCCGAGCAUGUCGACGCACUGGUCAGUAUUCUUGAUACCGAUGACGAGCUCGGCGAGCUGACGACGCUCGAAGACCUCCCACGCAUCCUGCUCUCGCUCCGUGUCGAUGCCAUGACUGCGCUCGACUCGGCUCGUAGUGCCUCCGGCAGCAUCGCCCGUGCUGCUGCCUCGGUCCUGGAGCUGCAGGUUGAGCCGCUCCAGCAUGCACUCCAUGCGCUCCGUGCCGACGUUGCCGACGAGGUGAGGCAAGCUGAGGCCGAGGCCGAAGCCGCCAUCAAGGAGCUCGCCGGCAUGCUUGCAACCGAGCGCGCGACAGCAGCGGCGGCUGCUGCUAGUGCUGCUGCGCUCGCGGACGAGCUCGCCGACGAGCUUGCCGAUUUGGAGCGUGCUCGAGCCGAGGCCAGCGACGCACUUGCGGCGGCGCAAGCUGAGCUCGAGUCGAGCCGUCAAAAGACGACCGAGGUCGACGCCGCUCUUGCUGAGACGCGGACGAGCAAUGCGGUACUUGCGGCCGAGGUCAAGGCGCUGAGCGCCGAGCGCGACCGCCUCGACGCCAGCGUGACCGAGGCUGAUGCGGAGCGGCGCGCGGCUGGUGCCCGUGCCGAUGUGCUGCAAGCCAAGGUCGACGAGCUGCGGAUCGAGCUUGGUACUACACAAUCUGAGCUGGCGGCGUUCAAGACGCGGGUUGACGAUGGCCAGUUGGAGCGGUCGCGGCUAGCCUCGGUGCUGGAAAAGGCCAACUCGGAGCUCGCGGCGUUGGAGCAGAACUUUUCGCGGGAAAAAGUGAGCAUUGUCCAGUCGACCGGCGAGGCUGUGGCCGAGCUCAAGGCGGCACUGGCCAAGGCCGAGGCCCGGGCCGAUGCCGCCGACGCAGCGCUGGCCGAGGCCCGAGGCCUGGCUGCCGAUGCCCGGCAGGCUGCUGCUGCGAGCAACGAUCGCAUCCGCGAGCUCGAGGGCGAGCUGCGCGGUGUCAACGCGACGCUUGAGAGCAGCGAGCGCGCCUUGGCUAACCUCGAGCGUGUGCUGGCCGAGACUGAAGAGCGUGCGCGCGCUGCUGAGAGCCGGGCUGAUGGCGCUGGCGGCCGUGCCGACGCUGCGGGUUCGCGACUUGAUGCGGCGCUGGCAGACGCUGCCGCUGCCCGUCAGACUGCUACUGCAGCCGAGGCAAGAGCAGCAGAUGCCGAGGCAAGAGCAGCAGAUGCCGAGGCUGAGUCGGCGGAGGCCGAGGAGCGAGCGGCAAAAGCCGAGACGCGGGCAGCGGAAGCUGAGACGCGGGCGGAUGGAGCUGAGGCGCGGGCGUCGGAAGCCGAGGCGCGGGCGUCGAAAGCCGAGGCACGGGCGUCGGAAGCCGAGGCGCGGGCGACUGCCGCCGAAGAGGCUGGCGUUGUGGCGCGGAACGCCGCGAGCGCGGCAGAAGAGGUUGCCCAGAGUGAGGCAGUGGUGGCGGCGGCGGCACAGUCGGACGCUGCGGCAGCAAGCACCCGAGCCGAAGCGGCGGUGGCCGAGGCCGAGGCGGCACGCGCGGCCGAGACGCAGGCGAUCACUCGAGCGCGAGAGGCCGAGGUUGCAGCAGCCGAGGCCAAGACGAAAGCAGCAGCGGCAAGACGCGAGGCAGAAGAGUUCAAGGCUGCGGCGGAAGCAGCAGAGGUGACAGCAGCUGACGCCAAAGCCAAGGCUGCUGCAGCCGCAGCAGGCGAAGCAUCGGCGAUUGAGCGGGUGGCGCAGGUCGAGCGGGUGGCCGACGCGCUCGAGGCCAAGCAUUCUGAGUACGUGCGCGAGUCGAACAAGACGGUGCAGACACUCAACGAUGAGAUUGCGUCACUUCGUUCUGGCUUGGCCACCGCUCGAGAGCGUGAGCUCGAGUUGACGGGCGAGCUGGCGAAGAGCCGCGAGUCGGCCGAGGCCGCCGCGCGAACGGCGCGUGAUGAGCUCGACGCGCUGCGGCGGGAGCUCGCGUCGGAGAGGUCACUGCUGGAAAUGCAAGUGGCAGACGCACAGGCCGAGGCCCGCGAGCUGCGCGAAGCUGCACGAGCGGCAUCGCUGUCGCAAGUUGAGCUAUCGGAGCUUGUUGCACAGGCCGAGGCCGACCGCGAGGAGCUCGAGGCGCGGUUUGCAAAGUCGCAGACCAGGGUGCAGUCGCUGGCAGCAACACAGACUGAGGCUGAGACACUGCAGGUACGACUGGACGCGACAUCAGGUCAGCUAGCGGAGAGUCGCGAGGCCCUGGACGCCGCGCGGCGCGAGGCGCGGCGGGCGGCUGCGGCGGCCGAGGCUGCGCUCGACGAGGCCGCGGUGGCAAAGCGGCGAGCUGCUCGGAGCGAGAGUGAGCUCGACGAUGCCCGCAAACGAGAGACCGAGCUGAAGAGACACUUUGAUGAAAAGCUGGCAAGUGUUCAGGCCAAGCACGAGGCAAGGCUUGCCGAUGCCACCGCGGCCUUUGAGGCGCGGCUGGCGUCGAGCGCGCGGCUGCGGUCACCGUCGCCAAUCCGGCACGCAUCGCCGCCGUCUGCGUCGGCGGCGUUUGCCGCCCUGCUGGACAUGGUUUCGAUGGUGGUUCAGGAGCUCGGAAUCGAAGACGUGAGUGUGUUGGCGGACUUGUCACGGGCGGGUGGUGUGAGUCCCGAGAUGGGGAUCCGACUCGCGUCGCUCGUCUCUGUGGCGCGGGCACACAUCCGGGAGCUGUACACUCGGCUGCGGCUCGACGAGGCGCAGCUGGAUGCGUCGUCGACGAUGGCGGCGGUGGCGUCCGAGGUGAGCGAGCACGUCGACGCGCUGGCCCGCGAGCUCUGCUCGUGGCUCGGCAUUCGGGCGCGCCACGAGCUCAGCUCCGAGCUGGUGGCGGCAGUCCGGCGGCGGCUGGACGAGCUCGACGCCCGCGAAGUGCGGCACGAGCGUGAGGUGGAUCGGAUCAAGACCGCCCUCGCGUCGCGGACCGAGCAAAUUGUGGGCAAGUGGAAGGAUCGUGUGCGGAGGCUGUGUGCCGAAGUCGAGAUGCUCAACGAGGAGAAUGCGCGGCUUUCUGCAACGCGGCGGUGA